AUGCAGCGACGUUUGGAGAAAAAGCAGGAACGCUUCUCAGCUCGUCAGGUCGUGCACGAAGAGCCCCAUUCGCAAGAAAAAGCGGAGGAGCUCAUGAAAGCCAUCCUGAAUCUCAAGAACGAGGUCAACAGUAUGAUUGAUCUCACAAACAAGAACUUGAAGGUGAUGCAGGAGAGGUCGUGCACGAUGCAGAACUCGCUCAACGAUUGCUUCAAGAUGCCCAGCGCCACCGAGGCGCCAAGCGCCGCCGACGCUGCCCCCGGCCAAGCCGCGGUGGCAAACGCACCCGGCCAAGCCGUGGUAGCGGGCACAACCACUCCUCCAGACGCUUUCGGCCAGCCCGAAGGCGUCGCCGCUGUUGCCAGCCAGACUGACGGCUGCGGGAUGGGAAGUGCAGGGGCCCGAGAAGACACGCACAAUCAGCAACGACUGACUGCGCAGCGCCCAGGGGGCGCCAUCUACUUCGAGAUCGGUUCGGACGCCGAGAACGACGAGCAGCGCGAGGUUGUCCUCGAUGCCGGGUGCGCUGCAGUGGCUGCGCCUGCCGUGGAUCCAAACCACAAGCCUCUCUUCGAGUUCCACCCGCUCCCUGGAGACGGAUGGGCCCGCUUUCGAGAUGCGUUUCACUUUCGAGAGCCCAUUGCUGGAAAUCGUGUUCUGGGUUUCUCUCCAUAUCCGUACCGUGGCGAACGAGUUGGAACGCUGGUUCAGAGAAAUACCUCGUGGAUGUUGGAUGACUGUGAUAAAGGUUGCAGGUGGGACGUACUUGUUGCCGACGGCAGUCAGGACUGGCUUGAGAAAGAGAUUGGCUGGCACGAGAAAGAGUUCGUGAUCCUCCCUUCAUCCUGA